AUUUCCUUUCAAACACCGGCAAGGCAGGGGGAAACCUAAUUCCAAACCGCCACCGUCCGCCACUAGUCACUCUUUCCGGCGACGCUUUUGUUGUUGCCCACUCAAACACUGCAAUUUCCUUUGAUUUUUCUUGACGCCCUUCACUAUACCCAUCUGCUACAGUCGAGUUCGUCUGCGAACAUACCGAACGGACUGUUUCUCAGUUUCAAACUGAUAAUGGCGGAAGACGUACCCGAAGCGGCGGAGGUGUGGCGUUGGGUCAUCGAGUACCUCCCUAGUGUAAAAGAGUUCGAUCGGCAGCUUCUUGAAGAACUGGUCGAGUCAGUUCCGGAUGUUGUGAGGAAAAGCGCCGAGGAAAUGCUCCAGUCUCCACUUCCCGCCAAGUGUACCUUGGAGCUGCUUAAAGAGAAAAUACUGGGAGGCUUCAUUUCAGAAGAGUACUCGAAGAGGUGGUGUGGGGUGGUUCCUGACUCGAUGGAGUCUGAUUCUGUUCUUCCUAUGGAAUGUUCUGGUGCUCAGAUCAAUCAACGGCUGUCCACCGAUGAAGCAGGUGAUAAGCCACAGGGGAGUGAUUCAAUAGAAGAUGAUUCUUCUGAUGAUGAUGUUGUCCUUGUUGACAUUUCUGGUGCCAAUGCCGGUGUGGAAGUGCAGAAUGGUCUUCAACAAUCAACAGCUGCCGAGACAGUACAUUCUGCAGGAACCAGCGUUGCGAAUCGUGAUGGAAGGGUAGGAUUGGAUGGAAAGAAAUCAGUACGAGAUGAUGAUCGUGAUGGUUCUGUCCAUAUUGAGGGUUCUGAAUGGUUCCGAAUAGUAAGCAAUCAUCUGAUGAAGAAUUACAAUGCUAGUUCAAGUGAGGAUGUUCCAAAUAGUAAGCAAUCAUCUGGCGCUGUGGUAGAGAAUCCAUUGGUGAACUGUGAUGGGAACCGCAAUGAACUGGUGAAGUCGGGUGGAAAUAAGCCAAUUGAGACUAGUCACAGUGGUUCUUCAACGUAUGUGAAGAGUUCUGCUGCUCGUGCUAAUGAUAAACAGCCAUCUAGGGAUGGGGGAGACCGUCCUUUGCAGAAUGGUGAUAUGAACCAUCAGCAGGUCAAGUUGGGUGAAAAUUACACUCUGGUUGAGAAGAAUCGCGAUCACUCCCUUUCGACUAGGAGUUCUAAUAAUCCUCUUUCUAAUGGUGACGUCCAGAACGGUAAGCAGCCACCUGCUGCUGCGUUAGAGCAUCCUUUGGUAAAUGGUGAUGGAAACCGUGAUAGGCCAAUUCAGCAUCUUACUGUUUCGUCAACGUCUGUCAAGACUUCUGAUGCUCGUGCUGUUAAUAGUGCCAAUAACAGUAAGCAGCCAUCUGGUUCUACUGGGAUAGAGCGCCCUUCAAAGAAAAGUGAUAAGAACCCUGAGCAGCUGAAGUCAGGUGGGUACGGCACAAUUGAGAAGAAUCGAAUUGCUUUCAUUUCCAUGAAGAAUUCUGAUAAGGCAGCUCCAUCUAAUGAUGAGGAUAUCCAAAACCGUCAGCCACCACCUGGUCCUGCGGUAGGGCAUCAUCAUCCUUUGGUAAGUGGUGACGUAGACAAUGCUAAGCUAUUAAAAUCAAGACAUAAGAAGCCAAUUCAGAUGCCUCGUCAAGUUGGUUCGCCUUCUGAUCCCGGUGCUCACACUAAUCAAGUGCAGAAUCAUCAGCAACCAUCCCAUAUGGAGACUGAAAAAGAUCAGCAAAAUGACCGUCUUAAUCGGAAGAGGAAGGUGAACGAUUUCCUAGAGAAUCACCAGCUGCUACCGGCUCCAGGAAUUGCAGGUCCCACGGACCUAAAUCUGUGUGUGAAGUGUCACCAAACCGGGGCGGUGUUGGUUUGUGCAACUGCUGGUUGCCCAAUGAUGCUUCAUAAAAGCUGCCUGGGUUUCAAUGUAGAGGAAGGAGGAGGAGAAGGAAGCUUUCAUUGCCCUCUUUGUUCAUAUAGUCGAGCUGUUGCAGAGCUCCGUGAAGCUCAGAGACGGGUUGCCUUAACACGAAAGGAUUUAUCCGGGUUUGUCGUUGGUAUGCAACUCUAGCAAGCAACAACCUUACCUGCGUGUGCUUUUACUCCCGAGGUACUUAGUACUAACCCGCCUUUUGCCCCUGAGUUGUUGUAGAAGUAGUGAAGCUAUAACGACCGUUCAGCUUGGAAUUGAAAGGAUUAGUAUACUUUUGGAAGGGUAGGUAGUGAUCAGGUUCAAGUGAUUCUGGAAUUUAGUGUUCAUAUAGGUCUCUUCUUUCUUGUUGCUCAUGUAUAUAUAAUUUUGUUGAGGCAAUCUGCAGCUUAUAUAUAUGAAGCGUAGCCCAAUAGCUUGUGAUUUUAUUCCUCAUUCUCGUUUGCCCGUGCAUAUUACCGAGUGCUGUUUGAGAAACAUGGCGAACGAGCACCAAUUUUAGCUCU